AGGCUAUGAUCUGGUAGAAUGGCUGAUGGACCAUCUGAAUAUUGAAGAAUUGGUCUCUUUGUGUCCUUUGGCAGAAGCGGUUCAUUUGGCCAACCUGUUGUGCCAACAUGGUUACUUUUUCCCAGUGGGCGAUACUAGGUCUCUAGCCAUCCGAGAUGACAGUACUCUCUAUAGGUUUCAAGCACCGUAUUUCUGGCCAUCACAUCAUCAGCCUGAUAACACAGAUUAUGCUAUAUAUUUAUUGAAAAGGUCUAUGAAGAACAAGCAGAAACAUAGUUUGGAAGAAUAUGAACAAGAGGCCUUGGCUCGCCUGAAGAAACUGCUCUGUCACAAAUGGGAUUUUAUUACACUACAAGCAGAAGAACAAGUAAAUUUAGCUAAAGACAAGAAGAAGGGGGAUAAAAUUGUUUUAGAUAGUCAAGAGAAGGCUUAUUGGCGAGUGCAUAGACCACCACCUGGUGCUAUAAGCUGCCUCGAAAAAACACCUUUAGCAAAUCGCAAAGUAAAGAAAAAAACUAUUGAUGAUCUGAAACGUCAAAGAGCUUUGUUACAGAAGAGUCUUAGUAAACCAGUGGUCAAGGUUUCUCAAAUCACUGAGAGCCUUAUAAGCUAUUGUCAAGAUUACAUCGAAUUUGAUUCUUUUAUUGCUGGUGUCUUGCCUUCAAAUCCUUGGAUAAGUGAUGAUACUACAUUAUGGGCACUUAACAACAGAGAGGUAGAUGUCCCUACGGAGCAGCGAGUGAAGUUAUGGGCCAUAUCACUCGAGGCUUUAUUGAAUGAUCCUACAGGUAUCAAAGAGUUUGAACGUUACUUGAGGACAGAGUAUAGCCAUGAAAACAUUCUGUUUUGGAAGGCAGUUCAGUCUUUAAGAAGAGGAGGCAAAGCAGAUAUUGAGAAAAAAGUUCAUGCAAUAUACAAUGAAUUUCUAGCCCCAAAUGCCCCAUGUGAAGUUAACCUUGACAGUUGCACAGUGGAGUGCGUUCAAGAAGCCAUGAAGAAACCAUCACGAUACACAUUUGAUGCAGCGCUACUUCAUGUAUACUCUCUUAUGGAGCAAGAUACGUAUCCUAGGUUUCUGCGUUCUCCAUAUUACAGGAAUUUGCUUCUCAACUCACUACACCCAGCACAGAAGAAAAAGUUCUUCAAUUUUGGUGCAGGAGUCAGGAAAAGGAUGGUGAGUGCUGGUGGUAAGAGGAGAACUAAUCCUAGCCACCUGUCAGGUAGCUCCGUUGACUUGACCCAUAUGAGCCAUAGUUUAGAGAUGGAAGAACCUUCUAUGUCCAGUAGGCAUUCCCAUUCCACUAGUGAUCUCCAUGAUCUUGGCAUUCCCGGGGAAAAUUUAGCCUCCAGCAGGUUGUCUUCACCAUCGAGUUCUCGCGACAAUGUACCGGAGGACAAUCCAAAUACUCUUCAGGUACCCCGUCUGUCUCCAGGUGGAGGAGAACCAGAAACAACAUUAGGGGUGUCACUCACUGUACCCUGCCGCCCUACCAGCAUAGUUGCCCCAUGGGAAACGGAAAAGUGAUUCAUCUCUUUGUGUUGCCAUAUAUAAAUGUAACAUUCUGAGUGAGUAAACUCAGUGCCUAAAAUUUAGUGCUGGCAUACAUUCAUGAAUUGGUUAAGUUUUGGGCUAUGACUCUGAGGACUAGUUGGGUUACAAUUUAUAUUAACAAAGCGCGAGAAUUUUCGCGAAUUUAAUUUUAAGCUGAGUGAUAUUUUUUACAUGUUCCGUUUUGUAUAUUGUAAAAAGUACCAAAUUCACUUUUUUUGUUGUAAAUUAAGUUUGAAAUUCAAUAGUUUAUUUAUUCAUUAUAUGAUUUCAAGUAUUAAUACAUAGUAAAUUACAUAUGUUACUUUAUAGUUCAAUAGCAAAUAUAUUUGUUAUGCUUUAUGUAUAAACAAGUGAUUUUAUUUUAAUUUGAAACAAUUUUAUUAUUGGGCAAUCACCUUCUUCGCAGAACCUAACCAGUGAUACCUUAAUGUUGAUAAAUAUAGAAUAAAUAUCGGGAUGUUGCACAAAAAUAGAAAUUAAAAGUUAGGACUGUACUAUCUUUGCAAUUUAUCUGUAUCAAGAUUAGUUUCCUGUACAUAAUGAAAUUACCCUGGUUCAGUGUAGUUCACAGUGGAAUGCAAUAGUAGAGGUGAAAUUUAUAUUUAUAGAGAGAAGCAAGUAAUUGUUUAGUCCAUGUUCUGCAAUCUUCAUUAAGAUUUAAUAAUUUUAAAUUGUUUACUAUAUGAAUCAUCAAUUAUUUACUUUGUGAAUCAUUGAUUGCAGUUAAGGAAGCUGUGAUUGAAUUAUCUAAGUUAAAAAAAAUAUUGAUAAUGUGAGUUGGUUAUUACAUAAAUUAUUUUGUUUAAAAUCUCAUUAUAUUGGUGUAUGUUUUCAUUGAAAUAGAUCAAAGAACUUCUUGCAAACACAUUUUAUCUGUAAAUGUUGCUAGAUUUUCAAAUUUACCUCUGUCCUGAAAAUUCAUUUGAAUAUAUUGUACGAUUUUGUUUUUGUGGAUUUCUAGAAAAGGCAUUAUUGAUAAUUUAUUUAACUAUAUAAGUGUAUAUAUAUUUUUCCCCUUGUAGCUUUAAUAAUCUGAAAAGAAAAAUCUUCUAAAACUAUAUAAGGAACUAAACUGUUGCCCUGAAAUUAAGAUAACCAAGAACAAAGUAGAUUUACGAAUAAGAAAUUGAUUUCAUAAUGUAUGAAUUUUUUUCAUACUUUAGGCAAUUACAGAGAUAAUCACUGUGGAAAACUUGUAAGAAAUGAUUAAUAAAUAAUUCAAGAAUAAUUAAGUAUAAAAUUAAGUAAUUUUUAGUCAAUCCCAAGUACGUGCUAAUGCCAGCAGAAUUAUCACAUUGAAUAACUUAAGGAAGAGAGAGCUUGUUGACAUUCAAAAUAAUGAAUGCAGCUUAGGACAGAGGGAGUUGAUUUUAUAUUACUGAAAUACUUAUAGAAUGCAUCAGAAAUGCAAAUUACAUGGGACACAUAACUAUAUUUCUUAAGAAUAAUCAUAUUCAUAUAUUUUUAAAUGUUUUUAAGAAACAGUGUUAUUUUUCCCCCAGAAAGGAGAGUAAACUAUAUUCAGAUGCAAAACAAUAAAAUUAAUAUUUACUUUUGAUGUUGAAUUUUAGUAAGCAAAAAAGCAAAAACUGGAUUAAGUUAUGGCAGGUUAUUUUUUAAGAAGAAAACACUUGAACAUUAGCUGGCUUCAGAGAGAUGCUUUUGUGGUGAUUUUCUAAAGCAACUGGUUCAUGUUCGCAUUAUGUAUGUGAAAAAUCAUAAAACCUGCAUGCAGUCCAUCCUAUUCAUUGCUUAGUACUCAGGAUGAAUUAAAUGCUAAUAUUCAAUGUCUCCUUUUACUUGGCUGGUAGCACACCAGACAUUAUAUUACAGUGUAAGAAAUACUUAUAUGUCAAAUCACCAUAGGAAAAAUUAAUUAUGAUUUUCACAUCCACUGUGAACUACAUUCAAGGACAGAGAUGAGAAAACUGCAGUUGAAUUUUCCUCGGAAUCGAAUAGUUUAUUUUUUAAUUUUUGUGUCGUGUUUGUCCCCAUAUUCUUUGUAAUUUCAAUGACUGUGCCGUAGAUUUUAAAUUAACUGUAGAACAUAUGUUGCUGUUGUGCAAUUUAGACAUGUAAUAGUGUAUGAUUAAAAGACAGAUAUGAAAUUGUAUAAAAAGUGUGGAGAGAGAUCUCUCAUGUAAUCUUGUAUUCUGCCAUUUUUAAAAUAUUUACAUCCGGUGCUAUUUUUAUUUAAAAUAAUUGAAAUCUCAGAAAAUUUUGAAACUUAUAAAUUCCGUAUUUUAUUUAGAAAUUUCUCAAGUGAAAAAUUAAUUAAUUGCAAUAACUAAAGUUUAUAAUUUUGGAGCCUUUUUGUAGUACUAUUAGAUAGUGAUAUGAACUAUAAUUUGAAUUUUGUGAUUAUAAAUAUAAAUAGAAUAUUUGUGGUUAUUAAAACUAAAAUAAAAAUAUUAAAACUGUUUUGAAGUUUCCAAUUUUAAAUUAAAAUAAAAAGAACCAUUUUUUGGGAUUGGAAACUUAAAAUUUUGUACUCAGAUAUUAAACACUUUUGUAUUAAUUUCAUAAUAAUUUUCUAGAAUUUUUAUAGCAGGAAGUUUAUUAAUUUUUCUGCUGUUUUUAUGCUUUGUGCUACAUGAUUUGCAAUAUUUAUAGACCUAUUUUAUAAUCAAGAUCUCUCAGUUAAGAAAUGAAUCACUUUGUGAACUGGAGUUACUCAGUCAUUUGACAAUUAGUAGAAUAAUCUGGUGUAUAAAUAAAUAUCAAAAAGCAGAUAUAUCUAUUGAGUGCAGCUUGUCGCUUAUCUGUGUUAGUUUGUGGUACAAAUAAGUAAUCUAUAAAUAAGUUAUACGCUCGAUUUUUAGAGCAGUAUGAGAGAACCAAGUUAUUAAGAGUUCUAGUCUCACAAUAAAUAAAUAAUAAUAAUAAUAAAAAAACAGACAUCAAAGUUAUGCUAAAGAAAAGUUUUUAUUCUGCUGUAUAAUGCAUAUUAAAUAUAAUAAUGUUGAAAGUGUG